UGUUUAGAUCGAAUCAUCACGGUCCAAGCCAAACGCCACGGAACAGUUGGAUUUGGAUUGGGUCGUUCGUGGGGAACGCGACGGGCCUUAAAUUUCCCUUGCCUGUGAUUGGAGAUAAAAUUCCCUACACCCAAGAGGGGGCGCUGCGUAUAGUAGAACAACAAGUGGACCGAAGGCAGUCUGGUCUGUCCACCACACACUGGCCCUCUCUCUCUUUUGUUCUUGCGCUUCUAAAGAUCGCGCCUUUGCAGUGCCUCGAAUCUAAAACCCCCCAACAACCCAACACAUUCAAGCCCAGAUUUGGCGAGAGGUGUGAUUUUGAGAGGCGAGCCCCUCCUCCAGAGAUUAGGGUUCUAGAGAGUUGAGUUGAAUAAUCUUCUGCCCAGGAUUCGAUUCUACAGCCUAGCUCACAAGUAGUACUAGUACUAGAGAAGAGAAGAGAGAGAGAGAGAGAGAGAGAGAGAGGAGAAAAGAAAAGAAAAGAAAUCGCUACUCUCUCCAGUGAAAGAAUUUCUGGAUGGAUAGGACGAUGAUCGAGUAGGAGGCGAUUGGAAUUCCGGGCUAUGGCGCCACGAGCACGAUAAGAGGAGGAGGAGGUCCGAGGAGAGGGGAUAGAUGGUCAAUGUUAGCCGCGCGGCUAGCAGCGGCAGUAUGACGUCGCGUCUCUCGCUGUCGCCGCCCACGCAGGGGCAGUGUACCGCGGGCGGCAUGCAAUCGCCGUCAAUUGCCGCCAGCAGCUGUACGUCCGCUGGCGGCGGCGCUUGUGGCGGCGUGCUGGCGGCGACGCCCAACGAUGGCAGUGGUAGCGGCGGCGGGCUGGAGGAGGACCAAUUGCAAGCAUGGGUGGGACUGAACAAGCUGGGGCAGGACCUCGAGGGACUGGUGACGAGCGCGCCGCUGGAGGACUGCCAUUUCUACAGCGAUGCCGAGAUCAUCGUCGCCGAGGGCGUGACAGUGCCCGUGCACCGCUGCAUCCUCGCGGCGCGCAGCCCAUUCCUUCGCCGGAUCUUCGCGGAGAAGCAGCGGGAGCAGCAGCGGGUCCAGGCAGCGGCGGUGGCGGUAGCGCCGCCGGAGAAGCGAUCGAAGGCCGGGGAGAAGAGGAAGGAGCCGCCACCGGCGGCGGCGGCGGCGAGUGGCGGUAGAGGUAGCGGUAGCGGUAGGGUGGAGGUGGAUUUGGCGGAGCUCGCGGGCGGGACUGGGAAGAUUGGCCGGCAGGCGCUGAUGAUCGUGCUGGGAUAUUUCUAUGGCGGCAAAUUCCAGCGGAUCGAGGAGGAAUGCAGCGGCGUGACGUGCAUGGAUUCGCAAUGCCCGCAUGUGGCGUGCUGGCCGGUGAUCGAGUUCUUGCUGGAGCUCCUCUUCGUGGGAUCGCUGUUCCAAGUGUCGGACCUCAAGAGCAUGGCGCAGGAUCGUCUCCUCCGGCUCCUCCCCAAGACGCCGGCCGAGAACGUGCUCCAGAUCGCGGCGGCGGCGGCCGCGCAGCAGGGAUGCGAGGCGCUCCAGGAAAUGUGCCUUCCAAUCCUGGCCAGAUCCAACACGCCGGCGCUGGCCAUCGAGAAAUCUCUCCUCGCGCACGCCCCGGCGCUGGUCCGCGACAUCGCGCAGCUCCGCCACCGCCUUGGCAUCCACCCGGUGGACGCCGCGGAGGACAAGCGGUGGCGCCGCGUCUACAAGGCGCUCGACUCCGACGAUGUGGAGCUCAUGGGGAUGCUCCUCAGCGAGAGCAAUUCCCGCGUGGAUUCGGUGUAUGCGCUUCACUACGCGGCCUCCUACUGUGAUCGCAAGACGCUGACCGAGCUCCUGGAUCUCGGCCUGGGCGACGUCAAUCUCCGGGACCGAUAUGGCUAUACCGUGCUGCACGCCGCCACGCUCCGCCGGGUGCCCGAGGUGGUCGGGCUCUUGCUCGGCAAAGGCGCGUCGCCGCUCGACACCACGCCCGAGGGGUAUACCGCGCUGCAAGUGUCGCGGAGGAUCGCCAGGAACAUCGAGUCGCUGGAGUCCGCCGAGGCCCGCGAGGACUGGCUGCGCGAUAGGAUUUGCGUGGAGAUCCUCGAGCAGGCCGAUCGCGCGAAUCCUUGUCCGGUGUUCCCAGUGCCCAUGGGCGAGAGGGAGCUCUUGAUGAGAUUACUCUACUUGGAAAAUCGAGUCGCAUUUGCUCGACUUUUAUGGCCGCGCGAGUGCAAAGUGGUGCUGGGGCUGUCCCAGCUGGACACCACCAAGGAGUUCAGCAUGGAAGACACGAGCAGCCUCAUGGAUCUCAACAAGGAGCCGACUCGAUCCGACACGGACAUAAACUCGUCGCUCCUCCAAAGAGUUAACGCUCUCCAGCGAGCAAUUGAAGUUGGCCAUCGAUUCUUCCCGCGGUGCACAGCCAUUCUAAACAGCUACAUGGACGAUGGAUCGUUCGAGCACGAGUGCAUCCAGAACCGGCGCAUCCCCGAGGAUCAACUCCGUCUGCUCGCCAAGCUCAAGAGGGUCACCGAUGACAAGCAGCUGUCCGAGGCUUACCAAAGGGACGUGGAGGAGCAUCACAACUUGGAGCAUCACAACUUUGGAGACAAUGCCUGCUUGUAUAGUAACUAGAGAGCUAGCAAAAUCAUUCAGCGAUCAACUGUUUUCUUCGUUUUCUACUUUUUUGUUGUUUUAGGAGGGGAAGCGAUCGAACGUCCCUCAAUCGAGUGAGUGAGAGUUGUGUAACAUACCUUCUUUUCUAUGAAAACUUUCUUUACACUGCCCAA